UAUACUCUCUCUCUCUCUCUCUCUCUCUCUCUCUCUCUCUCUCUCUCUCUCUGUGUGUGUGUCAAAAAGGGGUGUCUAUGCUUUCUAGGCAAGGUAGCUAUAGUAGAAGAUAGCUUAAAGGCUUCAAGCUAGUGAUACACCUGGUGAUUGGUCUAAAAUGGGGAGGUCACCAUGCUGUGAGAAGGUGGGGUUGAAGAAAGGUCCAUGGACACCUGAAGAAGACCAGAAACUUUUGGCCUACAUUGAAGACCAUGGUCAUGGAAGCUGGCGUGCCUUGCCUGCCAAAGCUGGGCUGCAGAGAUGUGGGAAGAGCUGUAGACUGAGGUGGACAAACUAUCUCAGACCUGAUAUCAAGAGAGGCAAGUUUAGUUUGCAGGAAGAACAGACCAUCAUCCAACUCCAUGCUCUGCUUGGAAACAGGUGGUCAGCUAUAGCAACAUAUUUGCCGAAAAGAACAGACAACGAGAUCAAAAACUAUUGGAACACACACCUCAAAAAAAGGCUAACCAAGAUGGGUAUCGAUCCAGUGACUCACAAGCCUAAAAGCGAAGCUCUCGGCCCAGGCCAGCUAAAGGACGCCGCCAACCUCAGCCACAUGGCUCAAUGGGAAAGCGCUCGGCUCGAAGCCGAAGCUAGACUUGUCCGAGAGUCCAAGCUCCACGUCAUCAAUCCUUUCCACAGCUCCUCCGCCGCCGCACCACCUCAUCACCACCACCACCACCACCACCUAGCUCCUCUGCCACCACCGCCGCCACUAUGUCUCGACGUACUAACGGCCUGGAAAGGGUCGUGGCUAAAGACCCCGAAAGACAACGCCAUCGCCGGCAACAUCUUCGCCGCCCUUGAGUCGCCGACAUCGACGUUGAAAUUCGGGGAAAACCCAUUUCCGAUCAUUAACGCUGGAUUGUUUGGGAACAAUUCGGUAGCAGUAAUUGAACAAUUGGUGAACAAAUCGAACAAUUUCACGGAGAUGAAAGAGAGAAUCGACAGUGCUGCAAUGGAGUUUCAUGACAUGGUUGGGUAUUCAAACGACGAUGUUUAUAUUGCAGAGACUUUGAAGAAUGCAAAUAAUGCGAAUAUACUUAUUCCCAAUUUCAUGGACGGGCUUACUGAUCUAUUGCUUGAGAAUUCCAACGAGAUUGUCAACUCCGAGAAUGUUGGAGGGAGUUGUUACAGCGUUGAUUUUGAAGAGAAUAAGAAUUACUGGAACAGCAUAUUGAGUGUGGUUAAUUGUUCGCCGUCUGGUUCGCCAGUGUUUUAAAUUCUAGGGUUUGUGAUAACAAAAAGUCUAGUGCUUUAGAGGUUUAGUGAAGUAAUAAAUAUGUAAUUUGCAAUGUAUCAAUUGCAAUAAUAAAUCAUUUAGGUUAUUAUUAAGAUAAUUACUAGUGUUAUUAAUUCCACUUAAAAAAUAGUAAUAAAUAAAAAUUAUCUAACGAAAAGUAAUUACCAUUGUCUCACCAGUAAAAACAAGAACCACUCUUUAUAGGGUGAGGUCUCAGAAUCAAAUCUUAUGAAGAAUAGUUUGAUACUCUUUGUAGUGUGGUGAUUUAUUUCUACUCCAUUAUGAGAGUUGAUUGUAUGUUGUUGUUGGGUUUAGGCUUAAUGAAUUAAUUGUUGGGUUU